GCCCUUGCUGAUGCUGAGGCGAAGCUCAAGGAGUCUACUCAAUCUGUGGAGGAUCUCAGAGCCUCUCUGGAUGGGAAGGAGGCCGAGAUAGCUGAUCUAAAGCAAGCCAUCGGGGAACUGACUACCGGACAAGCUGCUGAUGCUGCUGUAUGGUUCAGAUCGCAUAUGGAAAGGGAGAUUGCGGUAUUGAAGGCUAGGGGGAAGAAGAUAGACCUCGCUAAGAAUGAUGAGUUGGAUAAGCUACGACUGGCAUUAGAAGCUACGCAUGCCUCGGAGAAGGCUCAGAUGCAGGCAAGCAUCGUCAAGCUCGAAGAGGCGCUCACAGACCUUCAGACACAGUAUGACGCAACGACAGAUGAACUCCAUACAUUACGGGCUGCUGCUGCUACAGUCAAGGAAGAAGAGGCUUCCAAGAUGCAUACCUUAGACACAAUACUGGCCGAUCAGAGACGAUGCUACAAAAAUAUAUUAGCAGUCCUCGAAAGAGCCAUACAGAGUAGCUCGGCCUACUCCACACUCCCAGGCCCACCACAACAGGCAUCUUUCACCAACCCUAGAGGAGUAUCCUCAACCUAUACUUCGGAGCCCAGUAGCCCUGAUCCUGAGAUGGCCUGGUACACGGAGGAUGAGGAGCUUAUCCCUAAACACCGCUCAUCCUCGGAUGAUCACCCCAAUCAUACUCGAUUAACCAACGCCAGCAUAUACAACAUGAACGAUGAGCCUGAGCGGAUAGAUACAGCAGAGGCUGAUGAAAGCCCCUCACCAUCGGAGGAAGGCAUGAUGGUUAGCAGUAGAGUAUCACAAGUCGUCGAUAGACUAGUAUCUCAACUCAGAGAGGCUCAGCAAAGUCGUCUACGUGUUGAGUCCUUGCUUGAGGAGUAUGAGAAUGAACUCGAGUUGCGACGGGCUGAGGCAGCUAGACCCUACUUCGCUGAGAUUCUUCGGUGUCGUUGGCCAUUUACUGGGUCCACAUUGGCAGCAUCGACCGGCAACCGCCAUACCACACAUGCUUCCGAGUUACGGAAUCUCAUGAACCUGAGGGAUCUCGAAGUGGGAAUGGUUCGGGACAGACCAAGUGGCCGACUCAGUGCGAGUUCGGGUCGAAGCGAG